UUUAAUUUUGUCGUGUGGUGCAAAUGGUGUGGAGAUAGAAAUAGGCUUGACUCAAUCAAUGAAAUAAAAACUCCCCCCCAUGUUCUUGUCUUGCAAGAAUCAGAGAGUUGAUUAGGAACAAACAAAACUUCUGACAUCACAGAAAGAAGGGUCACCAUAAUGCCUUCCUUAGACUCUCUCGAUUUCUUCCUCUUCCGUCUCAGCACUGACUUCACCACCCCUUUGGCAAUUUUUGCUCAGGCGCAGGGAUGUCUAAUUUGCUUACUCCUUGCUUUUGGUUGGGCUUGUGCUGCAUUUGUCAGGAACCGAGAAAUAAAUCGAAUUAAGAAGAGUAUGCGGAACGGCAAUAACUUUGCAUUCCUUUGUCAUGAUAUUAACGAACUUGAACACUCCAAUCAGGCUGAUCUUCCAAGAGUAUCAAUAAUAAUGCCCCUAAAAGGAUUUGGAGAACACAAUCUCCAUAACUGGAAGACUCAGUUAACAUCGCUUUACGGUGGCCCUCAAGAAUUUCUUUUAGUGCUUGAAAGUACAGAGGAUCCUGCAUACCAUCAUGUAUCAAAACUAGUAUCAGAAUUAGAGAAUACUGUUGAUGCUAAGAUUAUAGUAGCUGGUUUGUCAACAACAUGUAGUCAAAAAAUUCACAAUCAAUUGGUUGGGGUGGAGAAAAUGCACAAAGACAGCAAGUAUGUAUUGUUUUUAGAUGAUGAUGUUAGGCUACAUCCUGGAUCAAUUGGAGCGCUUGUUCGUGAAAUGGAAAAGAACCCUGAGAUAUUCAUUCAAACUGGAUACCCUCUUGACUUGCCAUCUGGAAGUCUAGGGAGUUAUUGCAUCUAUGAAUACCAUAUGCCUUGUUCAAUGGGCUUUGCCACUGGUGGACAAACAUUCUUUUUGUGGGGAGGGUGCAUGAUGAUGCAUGCCGAGGACUUUAGAAAAGAUAAUUGUGGUGUAGUCUCAGGACUUAGAGAUGGUGGAUAUUCUGAUGAUAUGACUCUUGCAGCCAUAGCUGGUGCUCACAAGAAGCUCAUUAGUUCUCCUCCAGUUGCUGUCUUUCCUCACCCCCUUGCAAGUGAUCUUAAUUUUGGAAGGUACUGGAAUUAUUUGAGGAAACAAACAUUUGUUUUGGAGUCAUAUGUAACCAAAGUUAACCAAGUAAUGAACCGUGCAUUAUUUGCUGUUCACUGUUAUUUGUCAUGGGGAUUUGUAGCACCAUACGUCAUGGCAGCAGUUCAUGUUGCGGCAGCACUAAGAUUUCGCGCUAGGGAGUACUCACUUGAAGAAAUGAACUACUCUUCUGUCGGGUUAACAAUGGUGUGGCUCCUAGCCACAUGCACUCUUGUUGCGCUUUUCUCAAUGUGGAACUUGACAAGGAUAGAAGUUCUACUUUGCAACAUAUUGUCCCCAGAAGCACCACGACUUUCUCUGGCUUCUUAUAAUUGGUGUAAAGUAUUCAUUGCAAUGCUGGUGGAUAACUUUUUAUACCCUAUAUCUGCAAUUCGUUCUCAUUUUUCUCAAUCUAUCAAUUGGUCUGGCAUUAUAUACUAUUUGAAAGAUGGAAAAAUCAACAAGAUAGAAAGACUACCAAAAAGACAGGAUGUGUGUCCAGUUUUCACCGACUUGGGAGGAAAACAUUUGUACGGAAGGAAAGGGUUGCCUGCCAAGGGCUCAUUCCUCAGUUCUUUGUCCAAAACUUUGUUUCAACGGCGUCAACCAAAGAGAUCUGAGUAACCAGGAAACGGCUUCAUUCAGCAUACAAAGUUUCUGUCUAUUUUGUCUUGUGUCUCUGCCCCAAAUUUUGAGGCACAAUGAUUCCUUUGGAAGCAAUGGUUUUUGUUAGAUAGCCUUAUUAAUUGUUUAGUGGUUCAUAAUUGAUUGAUUGAUUUAUUCUUCUGUGAGGCAGAAUCCUUGUUCCAUAUACAUGUAUUUUUUUAAUUACCCAUUCAACCCCAUAUGAUUUUCAGACCCUUCUUGAGCCUAAUUUUGUAACUGUAACAAUUCAAUUAUGUAAUUUAUGUACAACAACCAAGAAUUGCUAAACGCAUAUUCAGUUUAGCAAUUCAAAUUCGAGUUUUUAA